CUUCUUAGCCCAUCUCAACUGAAAAACCGUUUUCUUUUCCCUCAUCUUUUUUUCAAACAUUUUUCUUUUUCUUUUUUUUUUUUAUUUUUCCUCUUCCUUUCUCUUUAUCUCAUUUCUUCCUCGAAAUAAUCUCUCGCUUUUUAUAUCCCCUCCCUCUCUUUCCCACUUCUUUUUUCUCUUACAAGCAAAAAUUAAAUUAACAAUAAAUCCACUCGGUUUCCAUCGGCCGGCGGAAUAUUCGCUCUCGGACCAUUCGCCGGAGAUCUGUCCUUUCUCUCCGGCGAUAGCCCUCUUGGGUCCUUUUUAUCUUCAAAGAAUUAACGAAUUUCUUAGGGUUAGUUUUUUGUGAUUGAAUGAUUUAGAAGAAUUUUGAGAUCGAUAAAGAAGAGAAAGAAAUGAAGGAAAGGAAGAAGCCAGAGUGGGGCUGUGUAUUUGUUUUUGUGAGUGAAAAUCAGUGACCUCCAUUCUAUGGCUUUUUUCCAGCCCAGCCGACCAUGGCAUUCCCGUGAGAGAGACAAAAGAGUAAUAUUAACAUAACAAUAUUAGUGACCAUUAGAGCUCUCUCUCUCUCUCUCUCUCUCACUUAUCCUACGCACCUUUCUUCUAGCUGUCUUUUUAUCCUACACCCCACCACCAGGGACCAAAAACCAGUAGACUUGACAGUACAUGGCAUUUGCAAUUUUGUGUGGGAUUUAACCAAAAGCCAACCUACUGAUGACCGUUAAUGUACGUUGGACAGAAUUCUACUGAAAUUUCUGAAGGACACCCCCAUUGUACCUGAUGCAGUUUUAUCAGUUCUUGGCCUCAUUGUUUUGCUUGAUCUGCUUGGAUUUGGGUUUUUCUUGAUGAAUAGCCAAUGUCCAUUUCAGUUAAUUUCUUAUUUGUUGCCGGGAAAAGUAUCUUCUUUUUGAGCAACUGGUGUUAUUCCAAUUACUUGUGGGAUUUAUGUAAAGGUUAGGCUGCUAAACGUAGUUUAGUUUUUUUGUUGAAGAAUCCCAUCAAUGUGGUCUUGUUUGGAGAGUUUGGAUGGAUGUAUGUGAAUCAGAGCAACGAUUUCACAAGCUUGCUGCCGUGGAUACCACAAGACCACCCCUUGUUCCUGCUGAAAAGAACAAUGCACCACUCACUACCCGACGUCCUCGAACAAGGGAAGUUAGUUCGAGGUAUAAAUCACCCACUCCAUCAACACCUUCUGGUCCCAGGCGUUGCCCAUCUCCAAACCUCACUAGAACAACCCCUUCACCUUCCCAGUUGGUGCAAAAGAGAGCUGUAUCAGCUGAGAGGAAGCGCCCCUCAACACCACCUUCACCUCGAAGUCCAUCUACUCCAGUUCAUGAUUCAUCAGUAGCUGUGCAGAUAUCAUCUAGAAGGCUAUCAACUGGCCGUAUACCAGAAAGUUUAUGGCCUUCUACUAUGAGAAGUCUUAGUGUUUCAUUUCAGUCCGAUACUAUUUCUAUUCCUGUUAGUAAAAAGGAAAAGGAAAAACCAGUGAGUAAUGUUUCCUUGGACCGCACUUUGAGACCCUCUUCAAAUAUGGCUCAUAAACAACAGUCAGAGUCAUCUACCUUAUCACGGAAGCCCACUCCAGAGAGAAAGAGAAGUCCUCUUAAAGGGAAAAAUGCACCUGAUCAGUCUGAAAAUGCAAAACCAGUUGAUGGUUUGCCUAGCCGAUUGAUAGAUCAGCAUCGAUGGCCUAGUAGAAUAGGUGGAAAAUUAUCUUCCAAUACAUUGAACAAAAGUGUGGAUCUGGGCAAUAAGAUCAUUAAAAGUUUAUCUACACCAGUUCCAGGAAUGGGGUUGUCUUCACUAAAGAGAAUGCCAAUGUCUGAUAGUUUGGGUAAACCUCUACAGAAAUCUGUUAGUGAUGCUGCAAGGUUGUUACCACUUGAGGAAAUUGGUCAAGUAGGGUCUGAGGCAAAUUCAAUUGAUGGUAAGCUUCUGCGGGUAACUGAACCUGCUAGGCUCCUUUCUGCAAGUUCAUUGGAUAAAAUGACAUUAGCAACACAAGGGGUUAAAUCCCAGUCUUUGUCUGCUCCUGGAUCACGACCUCAGUCACCAAGUAGGACCUCUGUUUCUAGGGGUGUCAGUCCUUCUCGGGCAAGACCUUCCACUCCACCUGCAAGGGGAGUCAGUCCAACUCCAAGGGGAGUCAGUCCAUCACGGAUGAGGACAUCCUCUUCAUCUAGUCAAUCCCAUACUUCAACAUCAGUUCUCAGUUUUAUCGCAGAUUUUAAGAAGGGAAGAAAAAGUGCAAGCUAUAUAGAGGAUGCUCAUCAACUGCGGCUUCUUUACAAUCGUUAUUUGCAGUGGCGAUUUGCUAAUGCCCGGGCAGAAGCUGUACUGUAUAUUCAGAAAGUUACCGUGGAGGAAACUUUGUACAAUGUUUGGAAUGCUACUUUGAGUCUGUGGGAUGCUGUGAUCAAGAAAAAGAUCAAUCUCCAACAGUUGAAGUUAGAGCUCAAGCUGAACUCAGUUUUGAAUGAUCAAAUGGCAUACCUCAACGAUUGGGCAUUACUUGAAAGAGAUCAUCUAAGUUCUUUAUCUGGAGCAGUAGAAGAUCUGGAGGCAAGCACUCUCCGUCUUCCUGUAACUGGAGGGGCAAGGGCUGACAUUGAAUCAUUGAAAGUUGCUAUUUGCUCUGCUGUUGACGUGAUGCAGGCUAUGGGAUCGUCCAUUUGUUGUUUACUCUCAAAGGUGGAAGGGAUAAACAAUUUGGUUUCUGAGCUUGCUGCGAUAGCUGCACAAGAGAAAAACAUGCUUGACCAAUGUGAAGCUCUGUUGGCUUCAACAGCAGCUAUGCAGGGACAGGAAAGAAUUUCAGGUAUGAAGCUGAUGUGCAAUACUUGGCAUGCUCAAAAAUGUAUGCCAGUGGGGACUGUAGGUCAGGUCUUUCUGGUCCAUAUUUGUUUGAAACUGACUGUACUUGGGUGCACAAUUAGUUUUAAUUAGUUUCAUGUUUUAGCCUUUCCUACUUAAGUUAGACACUAACCUGGUUAAAUUUUGAAGUGUUUAGAGCCAAUUAAUGCUUACUGUCAAUGCUUCAGUAUUCUCUCUUCAUUUGUACAUUGGUCCUUUUUUCAAUUCAAUUGCUGUAAAUGUGGCCAAUCCAUGCUAUCCCUAUCAAAGUGGCUGGCCAGUGUGAGCUCAUCAUUGCUCGCUUGGCUUUUAAGAAAGAUCAUCUCUCUUUUAAAGUUCUUUUUGUGCAAAUGUGCCCUUUGGGCUGGUGAAAUAGAUUGUGCAAUUGCAAGUUCUAUUUUCUAAAGUAUAUAUUUACUUUUAUCCUUUUCCUUGUGUAUCUUUGACACUAUAUUUUACCGUUA